ACGGUUGCUAAACGGUCCGAGGAUUCGUCCAGGAACACCAGCGAAAUGAACAAAAGGAGCAGACUCCUGCUGAGGAUCCGAGAAUUCAACCCCAAACAGGUUUUCACCUGGCAGCUGGCCAAGACGUUGGCUAUGGGUCAGGGGCUGGCGGGCCUCAUCUGUGGCACAGCUAUCACCUCCCAGUUCCUGGCCUCAAACUUUCACGUGAACACACCCAUGCUGCAGAGUUUCCUGAACUACCUCCUGCUGACUGUCACCUACACCACCAUGCUGCUCUGCAGAACAGGGGAUGGCAAUUUUUUACAGAUUUUGAAGAGACGAUGGUGGAAGUACUUGCUGCUCGGGCUGGUGGACGUGGAAGCAAACUACACUGUGGUUAAAGCGUACCAAUACACCACCAUCACCAGCAUACAGGUGAUUUUAUGUUUUCAAAUCCCCAACCUUUUGCUGACUUUUUGGUCUCUAAUCUGGGAUAAAAGCGUUUUCCAGCCUGUGCAUGACAUACAGGGAAACCAACAUUGAGGCAACAUUAGCGUUUGUCUGAUGAUGUUGAACCUUAGCGAUGAUCUUGUUGUUCUCUCCUCAGCCUCAAACAUCUUGUUGGGUGAUGGUCUGGUGCUCCUCAGUGCUUCGCUGUAUGCGGUGUCUAACGUGUGUCAGGAGUACACCGUGAAGAACCUGAGCAGGGUGGAGUUCCUGGGCAUGGUUGGCCUUUUCGGCACAAUCAUCAGCACCAUACAGAUGGUGAUCCUGGAGCGUAAUGAAAUUCCUGCCAUCCAGUGGAGCUGGGAAGUCGGACUGCUGUUCGCUGCCUAUGCACUGUGUAUGUAUGCUCUGUACAGCUUCAUGCCUAUAGUGAUAAAGCUAAGCAGCGCCACCUCCGUCAACCUCUCCCUGCUCACCGCUGACCUCUUCGGCCUCUUCUGUGGGAUCUUCCUCUUCCACUACAACUUCUCCGGCCUCUACAUUGUUUCGCUGGUGGUCAUCCUCAUUGGCUUUGUCGCCUUCAAUGCUGUUCCGACUCCCACCGCUGCCACAGAUUCCAGCCCCUCGUCUUCACCUGCUGCUACCUGCGAGGAAGGCUGCUCUGAAAACCCUGUGGAUGCUCAAGAGCUGCAGCCGACUGAAGACAGGAGGAAGAGGAGCACUUCAGGGCCAGAGCAGAGCUACGGCAGCACAGAGCUCGGCACUAGAAUGUGA